AUGAUAAAGGCCAGGUCCAGGUCCGUCGAUCACGCUGAAUAUGGAGCAUAUGCUCCCGACAUCGCUCUUAUUCAAGCUGCCGCAGCCGCCAGCGAAGAAGAAACCAGGCUACCUCGCAAAGAGCUUGUGUCACGAUAUCUGCCAGCUGCCAUCUAUAGUAUGCUUCUCAGCAUGGCCCUAAUCAUGGAGGGUAUGGACGUCGGUCUUGUCAACAACUUCUUCGGCCAAAAAGCGUAUUUGAGGAGAUUUGGCUGGCCAGACGCGAACGGCAAGCAACACAUUCCCACUUCAUGGCAGGCCGCCAUUGGCAACGGCAACAACUUGGGUAGCAUCAUCGGCCUGCUUCUGAACGGCUGGCUGCAGUCCCGCUACGGCUCCCGAAAAGUUUACAUGGGUGCCAUGACCGUCAUGGGCGCCACAAUCUUCUGUCUAUUCUUUGCAGUCAACGUCCAAAUGCUCUUUGCAGCGAACAUCUUGUGCGGCGUUCCCUGGGGUAUCUUCCAGACCCUCACCACCGCCUACGCCGCUGAGAUCUGCCCUGCCGCCAUGCGGGGGUAUCUCACGGCUUGGGUCUCCAUGUGCUGGGGUUGUGGCUCAUUCCUUGCCGCCGGCGUUCUUCGUGGCUCCCUGGGUCUUCCAGGAGACCUGGCAUGGAAAAUUCCUUACGCCCUCCAAUGGGUUUGGGUCGUUCCCUUGUUUGCUGUUGGCUUUCUUGCCCCAGAAAGUCCUUGGUAUCUCGUUCGCCGUGGUCGCAUCGACGAAGCUGAGAAAUCCCUACGCCGUCUUGCUCGCAAGAACUUUUACACCGAACAGACCAUGGCCCAGACUUUGGCUCUAAUGAGACACACCAAUGAGAUGGAGAAGAUCGAGUCAGCUGGUGCUAGUUACCGCGAUUGUUUCCACGGAACCAACUUGCGCCGCACAGGCAUCGUGGCCAUGGCCUGGCUUAUUCAAAUUCUCAAUGGCCAGGCUAUUUGCGCCUAUGCUACGAUCUUCUUACAAUCAGCCGGCAUGCCAGAGGUUCGAGCCUUUGACUUCAGUAUGGGCAUCCAGUCGGGAAACAUCGUAGGCACUGCAAUUGCCAUUUCACUGAUGGGCAGGGUUGGGCGUCGCGUCUUCUUCUUCUGGGGUUCAUCAAUCAUCGGUCUCCUCAUGCUCGUCAUUGGCAUCCUAGGUUUCGUCCCGGGGAAGACCAACGUUGCUCUGGCUGUGGCUGUGGUCAUGAUUAUCGUCAAUCUGACCUUUAAGCUCUCACUGGGCCCGACAACGUACACCAUUGUGGGCGAGAUGUCCUCGAGUCGUGUUCGGGCCCAGACUAUUGUUCUUGGGCGCGCCAUUUACGUCGUUGGCCAAAUUGUUGUGCAGCAGCUCAAUCCACGCAUGCUUAAUUCUAGCAGUGACUCUUGGAACUGGGGUGCUAAGACUGGACUGUUUUACUUCGGACUUUGCUGCCUCUGGGCGGUAUUGAUUUUCUUCUUUCUCCCCGAGAGUAAGAAUCGUACUUUUGCAGAGCUCGACUACCUGUUCCAGAAGAGGACUCCGGCUCGUCAAUUCGCGACCACUCCAGUGGAUUUAUUCGAAUUGACCGGCGGCGGUAACAACGCCAAAAAGCUUGACGAUGACGACUUCACCAGGAAUGUCCGUGAGCUUCAUUAG